GGAAGGCGUGGGGGUCGCGAGGCGGGGGAUGCCGCGCCUUCGGGCGCCAGAGGGGCCGGGGUUGGGGCUGGCGUUUGGCGUCUGCGCCGCCGCCAGGCCCGGCGAGUCCGAGCCUUUGUCUUCCUGGGGCGCCGCCUUCUGCGCGCGAUGCCGAGCCCUCCCGGGGGCCGGUCCCUGGAAACAAGGCCCCGGGGCGGGGGUAGGGGACCCUUAAAGCGGCCAGUCCGCGGAUGAGGAGUUUGGGGGCCGCCCGGAAUGGGCCCUCUGGUACUGGGCCCUGGUUCCUUUCUCUCCCGUGGCUGUCAGACUGGGCGUCCGACAACUCUAAUAGUUAUUUGAAAAAGUAUGCAAACUGCUCCUGACAGACAGGCUUAUGCGCCUGGCCCUGCUAUUUAUUUGUUAGUUCCAGUUUCCCAGCUCCGAGCUUGGCGUCUGAUCGCUUGGCAGAGGAGGGUCUUAGGGUAACCUCGACGGAAUGGAGGCUGUUCGGCACUUCUCACUGCUUGGGGGCCUCUCCAUUCUACUCCAGGGACUAGACGAAAGUGUCUUGCUCCACUAGGGUGGGGCCAGGCUUGCUCAUGAAAGCUCUGCCUGGGAUAUCCUAUUGUCUCUUCUGAAGAAACUCGGGACUUUCACAGGGCACCAGCCAUUUCGUCAGGUCCGCAGCUACGCACCUCUGAGCCUCAUCUCCUCCCUCUCUGCAGAGAAAACAUGGUGAAAGAAGACUUCUAUUUGGUUUAUUCCAUUCUAAUGAAGUCCUGGGUCUGAUCCUAGUUAGCUGUCCCUUCUUACAACGUUUACAAAUCAGUGCCACAAGGAGCUAUUAUGAGUCGUGUAUUGUAGUGCCUUAAUGUACUGUCGUCUCUGGGGAUUUAAAAUAGAAAGAAAUUAGUACAACUUAUCUCACUCUUUUUUGUGUGCUGCUCCCUAUCUCCCAAGAAAAAUGGCAAAAACCAAAAGUAAAUAGCAAGUGAAGAUGCUCAAAUGGUGCUAUGUUCUGUUACAAAAUAAUUACCUGGUUAAAGCCAGUCUUUAUUUUUUCUUCUAUCCCUGUCUGGUCUUGUGCUUCUAUCACCUCUAUUUUAUCCUUGCUGUGAUUUUAAGAGUCAGACAUAUUGGCUGUGGGUUUCUAGAACAUCUUGGUUUCUGGUGCAUUCUGAUCCAAUGGCAUUUACUGCCUAUCAGAAACGGCUAAUGAUGAGUUGAAAUUAUUCUAACAAAAAUAUAACUCUUCUAAUAUCUGUUGCUGUUUUUCUGUUGAAAAUGAGCAGAUAGACUAUACAUUGAUAGGAAAUGUGAAAAUUUUUGCUUGUGACCCCUUAGUCCGAAGAUAGUUCUGCCAGGUAAGUUUUCUUAAAAAUGUUUUUUUCUGUCCGUGCGUGGUGGCUCACGCCUGUAAUCCCACCACUUUGGGAGGCUGAGGCGGGCAGAUCACUUGAGGCCGGGAGUUCGAGACCAGCCUGGCCAACAUGGCUUUCUUCUAGUCAAGAUGAGUGAUAAACCAGACUUGUCGGAAGUGGAGAAGUUUGACAGGUCAAAACUGAAGAAAACUAAUACUGAAGAAAAAAAUACUCUUCCCUCAAAGGAAACUAUCCAGCAGGAGAAAGAGUGUGUUCAAACAUCGUAAAAUGGAGAUCUCCUCCAAAGAGCAGAUUUCAACAUUGCCUGACAGUCUUGGUUUUAGGCUUGUUUUUUUUGUAACUCUAUGUGUUUGUAAAGAUUUCAGACAUCUUCUGAUUUCUUCUCACCUAUAUUCCCUGGCUAAGAGGUCAGGGGUAGUGAAUGUUUCCUUAAGUUCCUUUCUAAACUUCGGAUUGGUAUGUAAAUUCCAAAUGGCAGAUGCUGUCAAUAAUCUUGCCAUUGAUGACCUUUGUGUACGUAGUCCUUGCACCUCAUACAGGAUAAGCCAAUUUUAACUUUCUACAAUGGGUGCCUCAAUUGUUUCAUAAUCUUCAUGAAGUUGCAUCAUUUGGCAGCUUAUAGUUUAUUUUCACUUCCAAUGUAGCAAUAAAAUAAUAAAUAUUAUCGUUAUUGUGUGA